AUGGCUCAUGCUUGGCUCGACUCCUUGUCGGAGGAUUGGCCCUCACAGGCCGGUUCCGAGACUUCUCCGUCCGCCCAGCUGCCACCUCUGAAACCGACCGAGAACAACAAAACUCCAAACGCAAAGGGACCCGGCAGUCGCAUACCACUUCCCGUCAGUAGGGUACGACCUUCGAGUGCCGGCACGAGCGACAAGAGCGUCGUCGCCCUGAGCGAACGGAGUUCCAACGACGUCAAUCUCCCUCUCUCCCAAAGAGGCCCUUCGAAGCUUUCCCGCGAGAUCAAACCCCACGAUCGAUCGCGCCAAACCAGCCGCGCUCUCUCGGCAUCUACCAACGGCUCUGUGAUCCAUAAUACGGUACAGCACAAGUCGAUCAAAUCAUCGCCCCUAAGGGGCACUGCCGACACCCCAGAAUGGAAGCGCAGACUGGUGUAUGGAGACGUUGCAUAUGGUGAACAGCGGGACCUCUUUUGCUCUGCGGCCGCCGGCCUCGAGAAUAUGUUCAAGCCGCCAUCCUCUCACCAGGACAGCACCUUGGCUGAUCAGAGCCCCCCGUUCUUCCGGCGCCAAGACAUGGACGAAGACCAAGACGAAGACGAGUCGGAUGGCAGAAGCCAGAUGGACCCAAGCCCGAGCCCGAGCCCUAGGAUACGCCCGCCUCACAUAACUUACAAAGCAUCGACCGACGACUCCAUCGACCAAAGUAAGUUGAGCGAACCAAGCCCGCACCGCGACAGUUACUCCCAAGAACCGAGCCUCGUGACCUCUGUGUCCGGCCUGGCACCGCCGAACGAUGCAUCGCGAAAGACCAGUGGACAAAGCGUCAUCCAAAACGAAGAUUUCAGCCCGAUCGUCCUUACCCUGAUGCGCCAGAAGGAGAAUGAACGGAAAGGCGGUACUGCGCCGGCAGAGCUCCCUGUUGACCAGCUUCAAGAUCGGCUUGAGAAGCUACGAAUCGACCAGAUGCUCCUGGACUCACAAGGGGAGCUCAGGUUUGACGCAGAUGGGACCCUUGACGACGCCGGAAGCGACAGGAUAGAGACAACAGAGGACUACGCAAGGCGCGGAGGCUUCCUGAACAUACGACGGGGGGCACAUCUGGCGAUGGGUCCUUUAGAUAUCGGGGUUUGA